AUUAAGAGAAUUGUGUACUUGAUUGUAUCAUCCUUCCCUUUCAGAAUACUUGGAAUUUUGCUGACCUUUGUGGAUGUGUCCCUCAUCAUUACAGACAUACUUAUCUCUGAUAGCACGAUAUAUAUUCCUUUGGAGUAUCGUGCAGUUUCUUUAGCUAUGGGUUUAUUUUUUUUCAUGGACGUUUUUCUUCGAGUGUCUAUAGAAGGGGUACGACGGUAUUUUUCCGAUAUGUUGAACUCCUUAGAUGCUUCCAUUAUUGUGGUUUCUCUACUGGUCAAUAUUGCUUAUUUUUUCUACAACUUCAAGUUUCUUAAAAAUUUCCCCAAAUUGAGAAUUGUUUUACUACCUCUACGACUUAUCCUUCUGUCAAGAGCUCUUCAUCUGGCUCAGCAAAACAGACAUCUUGCAAUGCUGACCAGGAGGAGGGUUUCAGAAAACAAACGGCGAUACAAGAAGGAUGGAUUUGACUUAGACCUCACUUACGUUACCGAGCGUAUUAUUGCCAUGUCAUUCCCAUCUUCUGGAAAGCAGUCUUUCUAUAGGAAUCCCAUGAAGGAAGUUGUACGGUUCCUGGAUACCAAGCAUCAAAACCACUACCGCGUCUACAAUCUCUGCAGUGAAAGAGCUUACGAUGCUAAGUACUUCCAUGAUAGGGUCUGUCGAUACAUGAUUGACGAUCACAGUGUCCCUUCUCUGAGUGAGAUGGUGGCGUUCUCCAAGGACGUAAAAGAGUGGAUGGCUCAAGAUGAGGAAAACAUCACAGUGAUUCAUUGUAAGGGGGGCAAAGGAAGAACUGGAACUAUGGUCUGUGCCUAUCUUCUUGCCAGUGAAAUAUUUGCAACCGCAGAGGACAGCCUUCAUUACUUUGGAGAACGACGAACGGAUAAAUCCAUCAGCAGUAAAUAUCAGGGAGUAGAAAAUCCUUCUCAGAAGAGAUUUGUUGGAUAUUUUGCAAUGGUGAAAAAUACCUACAAGUUGACUCUUCCUCCAGUGAAGAAACUCACGAUGAAAACAAUCAUUAUUUAUUCAAUUCGUGGUGUUGGAGAAGGCAAUGGAAAUGAUCUAAAAGUAGAAAUAAUAAUGCAAGGAAAGCCUGUCUUCUUCUGUUCUGCUUCCAAAAACUGUAGGAUGGUUCAUGAUGCUGAAACAGACAGAGUAAUAAUUAAUCUAUCCAACUGUCCAGCUCUGUAUGAUGAGGUGAAAGUGAAAUUUCUCUCUUCUUGUUCGGCUCUUCCUAAAUACUAUGACAACUGUCCAUUUUUCUUUUGGUUCCAUACAUCAUUUAUACAAAAUAACAGGCUUUAUCUUUCAAGAAGUGAAUUGGAUAAUCCCCACAAACCGAAAGCAUGGAAAAUUUACCGUCCAGAGUUUGCAGUCGAGGUCUAUUUUGAUGAGGUGACCAACGAGAACUUGUUCAGGGCCUCCAGCAGGGCUGCUUUCCUAGAACCCAGUGCGAAGAAUUCCUGGCCUUCCCGACCCUCUCUGGCUUCUGGCCGGAGUCGCCACCGAGCCUGCAGGGAGAACAAACACGUGUGCAAACUGGAGGUCUCACACACGGCUUCCGUUCUGCCGGCAGGGGCGGACGUACCAGUGUGGAUCAUGAUCACCACAUCAGCCGCGGGGGCGGAUGAAGCACUCUUUAUUAGAGGCCUGGGGGGUCUCGGAGCAGCACAGAAUGAGGCGGCUGACCUCACUGGUGACGACAAGGGCUCCCGUAAACCAGACGACCAGGGAACAGCUGCCCAUCCCAAGUCUACGGGAGUCAGAUGA